UACAACUGACUGUUUGCCAUUGCUGUGGUGUGAUGUCUGUUAGGAGUUAGCAGCAUUGGAAUGAAUCUGCCUCUCACUGUGUCCUAACCCACUCAAGAGCCCAUCUAGAGUGAGCUUGUGGGAGAGAAGGCUUGUGUGACAAAUAGUUCUCAAGUCUGCUUUUAAAGACGACAGCUGUUCAGCUCUUGUGGUUAGAAGAGGUACCUUAAUUAGCAUACUGGACGCUGAGACAGAAGUGCAAGCAUAGCCUGUAAGGAAGAGAACUCGCUCUGAAAAUGGCAGAAGCUCAUCAAGCAGUAGCUUUUCAAUUUACAGUAACUCCAGAUGGGAUUGACCUGCGAAUGAGCCAUGAAGCGCUCAAACAAAUUUACCUAUCUGGUGUCUAUUCAUGGAAGAAAAAGUUCAUCAGAUUCAAGAAUGGCAUUAUCACUGGCGUUUAUCCUGCUAGCCCAUCUAGCUGGCUUAUUGUAGUUGUGGGUGUGAUGUCAACAAUGUAUGCCAAAAUUGAUCCUUCUUUAGGAAUAAUAGCUAAAAUCAACCGAACACUUGAUACAACCGGCUAUAUGUCAAACCAAACACAGAACAUCGUGAGUGGAAUACUUUUUGGCACAGGGCUUUGGGUUGCCCUUAUUAUCACAAUGCGCUACUCUCUAAAAAUGCUGCUUUCCUAUCAUGGUUGGAUGUUCACUGAACAUGGCAAAGUUUCUGCAGGCACCAAGUUCUGGAUGGCACUUGUAAAACUCUUCUCAGGACGCAAACCCAUGUUAUACAGUUUCCAGACAUCUUUACCACGAUUGCCAGUUCCGGCUGUUAAAGACACAGUCAAUAGGUAUCUGGAAUCAGUUCGGCCACUUAUGGAUGAUGACGAGUUCAGAAGAAUGGAGGGUCUUGCCAAAGAUUUUGCAUUUAAUUUGGGACCAAGGCUUCAGUGGUAUUUGAAGCUAAAAUCCUGGUGGGCCACAAACUAUGUUAGUGAUUGGUGGGAAGAAUAUAUCUACCUUAGAGGACGUGGGCCAAUUAUGGUUAAUAGUAACUAUUUUGCAAUGGACUUCCUUUAUUUAUCUCCCACAACCCUGCAGGCAGCUAGAGCUGGUAAUGUUAUCCAUGCCAUCCUGCGCUAUCGGAAAAAACUGGACAGACAAGAAAUCAAGCCAAUUCUUCUGAUGGGCUCUACUGUUCCACUCUGCUCAGCUCAGUGGGAACGGAUGUUUAAUACCUCCCGUAUCCCAGGCGAGGAAUCAGAUACUCUGCAGCAUGUGAAGGACAGCAAACACAUUAUUGUGUAUCAUAAAGGCCGUUACUUCAAAGUGUGGCUGUACCACGAUGGCAGAUUGUUGAAACCCCGAGAAAUUGAACAGCAGAUGCAAAGAAUUCUUGAUGAUGAUUCAGAGCCUCAGGCUGGUGAAGAGAAACUAGCAGCUCUUACUGCAGGAGAUAGAGUACCAUGGGCUAAAGCUCGACAGGCUUAUUUUAGCCGUGGAAAGAACAAACAGUCCUUAGAUGCUAUUGAAAAAGCAGCAUUUUUUGUGACAUUGGAUGACAUCGAGCAAGGGUACAGGAAAGAAGAUCCAGUGGGGUCACUGGAUGCAUAUGCAAAAUCCUUAAUACAUGGCCGAUGUUAUGACAGGUGGUUUGAUAAAACAUUCACUCUUAUAGUAUUCAAAAAUGGCAAAAUGGGUCUGAAUGCAGAGCACUCUUGGGCAGAUGCUCCUAUUGUUGGACACUUGUGGGAGAAUGUAAUGGCAACUGAGUAUCUUGAACUGGGCUAUUCAGAAGAUGGGCAUUGCAAAGGAGAUGCCAAUCAAAAUAUUCCUAUUCCUACCAAACUGCAGUGGGAAAUUCCAGAAGAAUGUCAAGAAGUGAUUGAGAAGUCUCUGAGCACUGCCAUAGCUCUGGCAGAUGAUGUGGACUUCCAUUCAUUUUCCUUUGAUGCUUUUGGGAAGGGACUAAUAAAGAAAGCAAAAACCAGCCCUGAUGCCUUUAUACAACUUGCCCUGCAGCUUGCUCACUAUCGGGACAUGGGAAAAUUUUCUUUAACAUAUGAAGCCUCUAUGACACGCUUGUUCAGAGAAGGCAGGACUGAAACUGUCCGGUCCUGUACUGUUGAAUCAUGUAAUUUUGUUCGAAGGAUGGAAGACCCAACUGAAAGUAAUGAAAUCAAGCUUAAAUUCUUCCGGCUUGCUGCUGCCAAACAUCAGCACUUAUAUCGUCUCGCCAUGACUGGUUCUGGCAUUGACCGCCACCUGUUCUGCCUUUACGUCGUGUCCAAGUACCUUGCUGUAGACUCUCCUUUCCUUAAGGAAGUUUUGUCAGAGCCUUGGAGACUGUCAACGAGUCAGACACCACAGCAAUACAUCGAUCUAAAGAAGAACCCUGAGAUGUUAUCCUGUGGUGGAGGAUUUGGACCGGUGGCUGAUGAUGGUUAUGGUGUUUCUUAUAUUAUCCUAGAUGAAAAUGCCAUCCAUUUCCACAUCUCCAGCAAAAUAUCUUGUCCUGAUACGGAUUCUCAUCGUUUUGGAAAAAACAUCAAAAAAGCAAUGGUUGACAUCAUGGGCUUAUUUAACCUUAGUAAAAACUGUACCAAGUGAAUUGCCUUAUUGGUGCCAAGCAAUCUCCUGUUGUUGGGAUGAGAACUCUUCUGCACAGUGAAUGAGAGUAAGGUUUGUCAAACAGUAGCUGGCGAAGAAACUGAGUCAACAUCUUCUUGAUCACCUAUGAAAACCUUAGCAGUGUAUUGAAUGUUUGGUUUGUUUUGUUUUUUUUUUUUCAGUAGUUUGGAAGAGUUUAUUUCCACAAAGGGAUGACCUUUGGAAUCUUGUAUGUUUCUAGGGAUGAAGUAUAUUACCAUUGCAUGAAGUCGUGUAUAUUCUAACUCCUGCAGUUUUCUCUUAAUUUGUAUACACUUGCUCUUUUUUUACUUAAAAUUAGUCUAUUUGUAUUCCAGAAUCAAAGGGAUAAAACGCACUAUCUUAAACUCAAAUACUAGAAAAAGUUCCAUUCGCUAUAGCAGAAUGUUCUUCAAUGUAUCUGCUGCUUUAUGCCAAUGAAUGACAAAACUUGUGGCUCUUUACCGUCAAUUGUUUCUUGGGGUUUUUUUUAAAGGUAAUUUCUGUAAAACAUACACAGAAAAAUCCCUGAUAUAACCCACUGUAACAUAUCAAGUUGUUGAAAAUUUUUGUGGGUUUUGGAAAAAAGUAAACAUUGGGUAGUGCUACAUUGGGUAGUCAAAUGUGUCACCUAAUUAGCACAUAUCACAUUUUUCUUCUUACUUACAAGCAUGUUUGCCACAUCACUUUUAUUUCCAUAUAAAUAAACCUGUGUGCUUGUUCAUGUGAGUGCCUUAGCAAAAGGAAGAUCCUAAACCCAGGAAAAAACCUUAUGCUGGGAGUUGGUUUUACAUUGUCUUAGUAGUGCAGGAGGUGAAGUAGCAGCAAUGCAGAUCUAGUUUUCAAACUGGUUCUGGCACAAGUAGACUUGAGUAUGUUGCCAUAUGGUGCAGUUCAGCUUAAAGCUCUAAGAAAAUGCUCCCAUCUUAAGUGGCAAAGAUCAGUCCCUAUGAAAUGCAGGAGUAACUUUGUUUCAGAGCUGCAGAUACUUAUGUGCUUAUUUUGGUGAAUGGUAUUGGUGGUCAUUUGAGAUAAGAGUUUCUGGGUCCCAGGGAAUGUCAGUUUGCUUAAACUGGAUAGUGCCUGAAGCAUGGCUGCCUGGAGGGGUGGUCAAAGGCAGUUUGCCCACUGUCAGCCUGGAAGGACGACUGCUGUGUUGCCAGCCAUCUGCACGAGAAGGGCAGGCUGUUACAGCUGUGGACAGUAGCUCCAGAAUGGGAAAACCAUGGCCUUCUCAAACCCCUCUUGGGAGAUGCUCUUGGUCAAGCACAGUUCCUGAAGGAUACAAGGAGGGACGGGAAAGCUAUUUCACUCAAAAAGGAGCAUAAUGUUUCUGAGUGCAGAAAUAAAGUGGCUACUACAAAAUGAAGUAACUUUGUGCAAAAAGUCUCUAUUCCCCAGGCUAUAUAGGUGUGGUUACUUUUUACAUCCUGCAGUGCAGCAAAGUGUACCUGUUGGCACAACUUUUUUUUUUUUUUUUAUGUGAGGUACAUGGUGAUACAGUGAAUGCUGCUCCAGAGCUGUGCUGAUUUUAAAAAGCCUUUGGGGUUGAUAUAAAAUUUCUCAUUAGACAUUGAAUGUUUUCUGGCCAGUAUUUCUAACUUUCUAUGCCUCUUCAUGUUUGUGGGGGGUUUUUUUGUUUUGUUUUUUGGUUUUGGGGGGUUUUUCUCUGAUCUAGCUAUUAAAACACCUAUAUAUGUGUGUCUGAGGUGGGGAAACCUCAAAGAUCCCAGAUGCAUACUUAAGCAAAUGCAUGCUUAUCUAAAAGUAGGAACCCUCACAGGAAUUGGCCAAAGAUACUCAUUAUUUGAUAUGGGUACAGUGUGUGGGAAAGGACAUUUUGAAAUAAGCCUUGCUGCAGCUGGCAGGCCUGGCAUUUAUCAAACUACUGCAACGAUUUUUUUAGUGGCCUGUUCUUUUGGAGAUACAAAAAUAAUGCACUGUUUUUUGGGGUUUUUAUUUUUAUUGACCACUGACCAAUCUGUGCUUAAAUUAACAUUAAAGCAUAUUGGCUUGUAGGAUUUUCUGUUU